AUGAAUUAAGAAAAUUUUAUUAGUUUUUAGUAAAUAGAUAAGCAAGACACGACUUAAGAUGGAUUUCAUUUGAAUAAACCAAAUCUAGAUCAAUCUGCAAAUCAAUCUUAAGAGAAUGCAAUUAAUGUACAAGUUCCUGCAAAUUCCUAAAUACCUUAAAAUACUACAUUAGAUAGAUAUUUAGGUUAAGAAGCCAAUGAAUUACUUGAUGCUAAAAAAAUCAUAGACAUUAACUAUAAUGCUUAGAAUGAUCAAGAUGAAACUUGUGUUUGGAUUACAACAACCAAAAAAUACAAAUUGAAGUCAAACCAAAAAUUUUCAACUACUUAAGACAAUUAGUCCAAAUAAUAAAAAUCUCCUUCGAAACCUAUUCUACCAACAAUCACGGAAUAAUCCGUUAAAUCUAAUGCUAAUGAUAUAGAUCCUUUUAAAGACUAGAAAGGCAUCUUCUAAGAUAUUGAAACCGUUAAAUCGGAGGUAUAUAUUGAAAAUUCUGUGAAGACUGUAAAAUCAGAAAAUUAAGAGAUUGAUAAUCGAUUAUAACAAAAUUUCAUACAAGAUGAUCGGACUUCUUUUUCUAAGUUAGAUUAAUCUAAUAAUACAAAGCAACCUUUAAAGUUCGUAUAAAUAAUGGAUUUGAAUCUCAAGAUUCCAUAAGAGAGUAACAAAUUAUUUAAAAGAAAUACUAAUGUGAACCACAAUCUGGAAGUUUAAAAUUCUCCUUUUAAGUAAACAGUAAAGGAAGAUCAAAUUGAUUAGCAUAUUAUGAAUUAAGCAAGAGCCUUAAUGAUCAAAAAGCUUGAUAUGGACAUGAGAGAAUUUAAUGAUAUAAUUUAAGGCUAGAAUCAAUAAAUUCUAAAGUUACGGAGACUGAUUUAUGACAGAUUGCAAUUCGUUAUCAAUUAUCUGUUUAGAGGUUUCAUUCAUCACAUAUCAUAGCUAGACUUUAAUUCUUAAGUUUGCCUUUUCGGUUCAUGUGCUACUGGUUUAGCCCUUCCAGAAAGUGACAUUGAUAUAGGAAUAACUGGGUUUGAAAUGUGCUCAACUUGUUAGUUAUAUGUGCCUAUUCAGAAGCUAACUGAAUUCCUGUAAAGAAUGAGAUGGGUUAACAGCAUUGUUGCGAUCACUUCCUCAACUAUGCCAUUGAUUAAAUUGCAAGUAGAUCCAACUAUCUCCUUCGUGUAGUCCACCUUGCCAAUAGGGUUACCUUACAUCGAUCUCAUUUUAAAUCCGGAUGAAAAUAUUACUAGAUAGAUCUUCAGUGUGGAUAUUAGUUUCUUUCAAUAUUCAGGUCCUAAGUAAAAUCAGCAUUUGGGUUUAAUUUCUACUGAGUUAACUUUAUAAUGGUUGUCUUUUUAUAGUGAAUUGAGAUCAAUUGUAUUAUUGUUCAAAAGUUUACUGAAGAAAAGAGGACUAAAUGAUUAAUUCAAAGGUGGGAUGUCCUCUUUUUGUAUCAUUCAAAUGGUUUUAGCCUUUUUGGAAUGUUUUUAUCACUCGAACCAGGCUUCCUCUAUAGGUUACACAACGUAUAAUUUUUUGAAAUUUUAUGGGACUGAAUUUGAUCCGAAAAGAACAGGAAUCAGUUAUAAAGGAUUCAAUGAAAAUCCAUUCUAUGGUUUAAAUGAAUAUGAUGAUUAAUCAGAGAUUACGAUUGUGUCACCAAUAACCAAUGAAAUUAUCAGUUCAGCCACAUCAUUUGUUUUGACAAUAUUAUAAGAUUUAAAGGCUUUGUAUUAGGCGACAGAAAAUGAAGUAACCUUCUUCUAUGAGAAACUAAAAUAUAAUAAAAAAAAGAAGGGAAAGAAGGAGGAACGAAAUUUAUUUUAAAAAGAGUUGAAUAAACUAAGACCUCUCUUUAGUACUACUGUAUAUAACAAAACUUGA